AUGUCAUCCUUCUUAAUUUAUACACAUGCUACUUUUCUUCAUGAAAGCGGUAUUUGUGUUAAAACAAUCUAUAACAUUGGGGUGUGUGUUAGAGGAAUAGGAAAAGAUGAAAUCUCAAAUGACUAUUAUGGCAUCAUUACAAAGAUUCUAGAAUUUGAAUGGCCAAGUCAAAUAACAAAAAAGUUGGUUUUAUUUUACUGUGAUUGGUGUGACCCUUCAAGACACAGGAUACGAAUACAUCGUCAGUACAAGAUUGUAGAAGUUUGUAAGGGGAUAAAAUAUAGUAAAUUCAAUCCUUUUAUUUUUCCAAAAGUAACUCGAGUUUAUUAUUCACCUUAUCCCGGGCGUCUAAGAGAUAAGGUUGAUUGGUUGGUAGCUAUAAAGACAAAACCAAGAGGAGUUAUUGAUGAUAGGCACACAUUAGAGGUUACUUUUCAAGUUCAAGAGUCACAAGUUAAUGCAACAAUUGAAGAUGACCCAAUUGAUCACCUACAAGAUGAUGAAGAGGUUAGUUUGUUAAUGAUACAAGAAAAUGAAGAUAAAGAAGAUUCCAAUGAUGACAUUGAAGAUGAAGAUGAAGAUUAA